AUUGACGUCGCUGUGGUAAAGUAAAGUAUACCGUUUACAUCGCUCGCGUUGUCUAUAAAGUUUCAAAUCUUAAGUUCAAUUACAAUGCAGAUCUUCGUGAAGACCCUGACUGGCAAGACCAUUACCUUGGAGGUGGAGGCCUCUGAUACCAUCGAGAACGUGAAGGCGAAGAUUCAAGAUAAGGAAGGCAUCCCUCCCGACCAACAGCGUCUCAUCUUUGCUGGUAAGCAGUUGGAGGACGGUCGAACCCUUUCCGACUACAACAUCCAAAAGGAGUCAACCCUCCACUUGGUACUGCGUCUGCGUGGUGGUAUGCAGAUCUUCGUGAAGACCCUGACUGGCAAGACUAUCACCUUGGAGGUGGAGGCCUCGGAUACCAUCGAGAAUGUGAAGGCGAAGAUCCAAGAUAAGGAAGGCAUCCCUCCCGACCAACAGCGUCUUAUCUUUGCUGGCAAGCAGUUAGAGGAUGGCCGAACCCUUUCCGACUACAACAUCCAAAAGGAGUCUACCCUCCACUUGGUACUGCGUCUGCGUGGUGGCCAGUGAUGGUCUUCAGUUUCCCAAGUUUCCAUUAUUAUCGUACCUAGAAAUGAUAUGCAAUACUGAUUAUUUUUUACUUCAGCCAGUCACUUGUGUUUUAGCUUUAGUUGACCGAUACGGUUCUUGUAAACGGAUAUGAAUUGAUUGAGAUGAUAUAUGGAUCUCAUUAAACGACUUGAAUAA